AUGUUUGCAUUCCUCGAAGAUGAACAUAGUCUAUCUCCAGAGACCGCCUUCGCGGUGUUUCUGAAGUGGGUUGAAGGCGGACCAAGACCAACCGACGAGCCAACAGCAUCAGCACCAUGGGCCCGUCUCCUCCAUACCGCGGCCGUGGGAGGCGUCCAGCAGGCUCGCGCCCUGAUCUUUCGCUACUACGAAUUUCACGGCUAUGAAGUCAACGAGGAUAUCAAGUCUAAGGUUUUAGAAUGGGGCUUGGAGUCGAUCGCUACCGGCGCUUUGAUAUUUUCUAGCGAGGUUAGGGAAAUGGACGGACCUGGUUUCAAUGCUGCCCUGAAGCUGUUCCAAGAGUCGGGAGGAUUUAACCAGCACUACUCAGGCAUGUCGCCUCAAAUCCUCGAGGAAUACUUGAGUUUGCCACCUAGCCUAGCACCCUCCUCAGAAUUUCUCCGUCAGCCAUUGAAUCUGUGGGGUGACUGCCUGCCGCACAUUCUGGCCUCCUUCAAUCAUGCCAAGGCCAUCAAGACCUUGAAGAGAAUCAUGACGAGUGACUGUAUUAACAUGCGUAAUAAUUUAGGUGAAACACCGUUAUACCGUGCCUGUGAAUGCGGUGCUUCCGAAACGGUUCUCUUCCUCCUCGAUAUGGGAGCAAAUCCAUCAUUACGACCUCGCCGAAAGGCGCCAUCGUGUCUUCAUUGGCUGUUCGCCUUCCACCCGGACGAAGUUAACACGGUAACUGAAAGGCUGAUAGAGAAGGGCGCUUCCACCGACAUCCUGACGAGUCAAGGAGGCAAAAUGUUUCAUUAUCCCUUCCUAUUACCUGCAGGCAGUCCCCUCCAUUGGGCAGUGCGCUUCAACUGUAUAGAAGCCGUUCGUGCUGUCCUAAGCCACGGCGCUGACCCUUUCCUCCGGGACGGCCACAGGCAAUUCAUCUUUUUAUCUUCGGAUCCAGAUGUGCAGCCUGAUUCUCCUAAUGACAUUCCGCAUGAGGAAUUCAUCCUCGGACCCUCGGCCGGCUCAAGUGCAGUCGAGAUCGCCGUGCAGAACUGGAAUGCGGACAUUCUAGAGCUGCUUAUCGAAAGCCGCUCGGAUAAUCUGAAUGGCACUCUAGUAGAUGGAAUCGGUAUUCUGCAUCAUCUCAUAGCCGGCGAGUUCUGCUGGAUCAGCGACUACAGCCCUAGUCGAUUCUACACGCCCUACGUCAGAGGAUCCCCAGACACGCAAAAGGCUAUGCUAAAGCGCACAUUGCACGCUCUCCUCGACCAUGGGCUUGACAUCGACUCUCUAGCGCCUACAUGGCGCUCGGGUCGGACCAGCACGGUCCUCAUGCUAGCGGUAUACGCAGGUAAACCCGACCUAGUAGAAAUGCUCUUAUCUGCAGGCGCGAACGUGAAAACGGUCGACAGCGAUGGGCGCACAGCACUGAUGUACAUGGGAGUGCGCUACGGCGUCGAGGCCUCGGGGUCUCUGCAAAGCGCAGAGGAAUUCCAAACUCAUAUGACCAGUCUCCUUCUGCGGCACGGCGCGAACAUCCACGUGCGCGAUAACCAGGGAUACUCCCCCGUGCUCGUCCUCUCAAGCCACUAUCUCCGCGCCGCGGUGAAGAUCCUCCUCGACAGGGGCGUCGCGGCAGACGAUAAAUCGACUUGUCCCGACACAGACCGCGAUGACGUCGCUGAUUUCCCUGUCUUCGGACAUUUAGCCUGGGCCCUCAGCGACAAGCUCGAUGAGGACGUGGAGAGUGUGACGCGCGCUCAUGACGAGGAGAUGGCGGGUUUGUUGCGGAGGUAUGUCGUUCCGCUGAUAACGUCGUCGCGUGAUCACGGGGUAUCUCGCGAAUACGACCGGAAGCUCCUAUUGCAUGAGCUGGCUAUUUGUGGAUUGAUCGAGAGCGCGACUGUUCUGCUUCAGGCUGGCGUUGCUGUUAAUCCCGUGGAGAAGAAGGUGGGGAAGUCGCCGAGGACACCGCUCGAUGCGUUGAUGAAUUUUAUGAAUAUGCAGGCGAGGAAGGAGAGCAGAGGGGCGUCGAAAGCUGAGGUUGAGAAGAGAGACCGUCGGUAUGAGCGGACGGUUGCUUUGCUGAGGGAGUAUGGGGCGCUUCAGGCACAUGAGCUUGAAGCACCGAGGAGUGAGGAAUGA